CCUGGUCUGGGUUUAGGGUGGCGGCUAGCUAGCCGUUAGCAUAGAGAGCUAACAGCCGGAGCGUGUAAUGGCGGCCUCGGUGUUGCUGGGGACUGCGGAUAACACCGGACUCAACUUCACGGUGGUCGGAAGCAGCACCGGGAAUGUUUUACCAGGGAACACGAACGGGCUGGGGCCGGGGGGACCGGCGGGCCCGGCGCCCUGGAACCGGUCCCUGGACCGGGCCCUGGACGAAGCCUCGGCCACCGGCUCCCUGAACCUCAGCGGCCGGAAGCUGAAGGAGUUUCCCCGCAGCGCCUCCAACCACGACCUGACGGACACCACCAGGGCCGACCUGAGCCGUAACCGCCUGUCGGAGCUUCCUCUGGAGGUUUGUCUGUUCGUGUCUCUGGAGAGUCUCAACCUGUACCAGAACUGUCUGAGGUCGCUACCCGACGGGAUGCUCAACCUGCAGGCCCUCACCUACCUGAACCUCAGUCGGAACCAGCUGUCCGUCCUCCCGGCCGUGGUCUGCAGUCUCCCUCUGAAGGUCCUGAUCGCCUGCAACAACAAACUGGUUUCCCUCCCGGAGGAGCUGGGGCAGCUGAGACAUCUGACUGAGCUGGAUGUCAGCUGUAAUGAGAUCCAGACUCUGCCGUCCCAGGUGGGGCAGCUGGAGGCUCUGAGAGACCUGAACAUCCGGAGGAACCACCUGGUCCGACUUCCUCCAGAGCUGGCUGAACUCCCUCUGGUGCGUCUGGAUUUCUCCUGCAACAAAGUGACCUCCAUCCCCGUCUGUUACCGCCUCCUCCUCCAGCUCCACACCAUCAUCCUGGACCACAACCCCCUGCAGACACCUCCUGCUCAGAUCUGUAUUAAAGGUAAAGUCCACAUCUUUAAGUUCCUGAACCUUGAGGCCAGUAAGACGACCUCUGACCUCCAGGACUUCGACCGCCGACCUCUGACCUUCAGCUCCUGUGUGGACGAGCUGUACCAGGGACGUCCCUACGGAGCCUUGGACUCGGGCUUUAACAGCGUGGACAGCGGAGACAGGAGAUGGAACGAGCCCUCAGAGGAGCUGUCAGACUUCAGCCGAGACCAGAGGCCGAGAGGAGGAGCAGCAGCAGGAGGAGCAGGAGCAGGAGGAGGAGCAGCGCUGGCUAACGGAACAUGCGUGGAGCUGGAGCAGAUAGACUUCAUCGACAGCUGUGUUGGAGGAGAGGAAGAGGAGGAGGAGGGGAGGAGUCGAGGAGGAGGAGCAGGAGGAGGAGGUGGAGGUGGAGGAGGAGGAGGUGAUGGUAGCAGCCUCAGCUCUCAGUUCAUGGCCUACAUCGAGAGACGCAUCACCAGAGAGGGUUCUCCUGUAAAAUCCGGUUUGUCCCGGAUAGAAGACGUGAGGAGACACAACAGGAGUGUGAUCGAUGGCACCACAGCGCCCCCUAGUGCCCACAGUCAGAGAGGAGGAGGUCCAGGAGGAGUAGAGAGGAUGAGGAGAGAGGCUCAGCUCGCUGCUCUGAGGUACGAUGAGGAGAGACAGAAGAAUCGUUCUCUGCAGAGAGACGGCGUCGCCAGCUCCUCCAAGCAUAAAUCUGCUCAGAGUCCAACGAAGUCAAGUCCAGAUUCUGAGACUGGCUACCCCUCCAGACGCUCCACCCACACAGAUGACUCCGCCCUCUUCAUGCAGGGAGAGGACAGAGCUGCUCUGUCUCCAACAGCCAAUCAGUCGCCUUCUUACCCCGGUCCGGGGGGCGUGGCCUCCUGUCGGACAGCCAGCAUGAGACCAGAGAGUUUCCUGUAUCGUCUGGGCCACAGGGAGGACAAGAGGAGAGGUGACGCUGUUGCACCUCCUCAGAGUCGGGAGGAGUCUCCUGCUGCUCCUCCUCUGGUGGGAGAAGAUGCUGAGCUGGUGGAGCAGCUCAGGAAGAACAUUGAGGCUCGUCUCAAGGUGUCUCUUCCCAGUGACCUGGGCCCCGCCCUGACGGACGGCGUGGUGCUGUGUCACCUGGCCAAUCACGUGAGACCUCGGUCCGUCCCCAGCAUCCACGUCCCGUCCCCCGCCGUGCCUAAACUCACUAUGGCCAAAUGCAGACGUAACGUGGAGAACUUCCUGGAGGCGUGUCGCAGGAUCGGAGUUCCUCAGGACCGUCUCUGUUCGGUGGGGGACGUCCUGGAGGGGACAGGGGGCGGAGUUUAUGGGACAGUUGCCAUGUUGUUGUCCAUGGCCCCGCCCACGCUUGGCCACGCCCCCCCUGACGUCCAGUUGGCCGGCUUCGCCCUCUUUUACCUGUCAGUCAUGUCAGUGCUGUGUGCCAUCUACGUUCACCUGGCUCCACACUGAACCAGACCAGAACCAGAACCAGAACCAGACCAGAACCCGACCUAAACCCUGACCGUGGAUGUCUGAGCUCCUCUCCUGGUCCCUAAAGUGCAGACCUCCAGAUGACUUAGUGGUUCCUCCUUAGACCAGGUCCAGAGCCGACCCAGAACUAAAGAGAACUAAUCCAGUUCCUGGUCGGUCUGGGCUGAAGUUCCUGGUUAUUUAGAAGGAACUAGUCCCUGUGUUGUGUGUUGUUAAUCCAUGAAACAUAUUCUAGGUCCUGAUCAGGCCUCAAUCUAGAUUAAUACUAAAUACAUCAGAACCAGAACCAGGACCAGACCAGAAACUACUGAUACUCAAAGCACAAAAGCGAAGUUCUCUGUCCUGACGUUUCACAGAACGUGAACCUUCGUCAGUCGGCCUUAUGAACUCCUGACAAUCCCCCAAAGCUACCUGUGUUGAAGCUCCGCCCCCAACAUCGAAGCUCCGCCCCCUGUGCCUUAUGCCUCUGUGACUGUUUUUUUUUUUUUACUGUUUGUAAAUUUGAGACUUUAGUUCCUGUUCCUGGUCUAAGCUGAUCCUGAACUGGAUCAAGGAUCCGGAAAGAAUCAUGAUGAUGAUGAUGAAGAUGAAUAAAGUCAAAGAGACUUGA